AUGUCUGCGGAGCACGCGCACCAGUCUCUUCCAUUCGCCGACACGCUCGCCGCCAUCAAGGCUGCUGUCCCUGGGAACCUUCUCAAGCCCCAGGUCGGCAUCGUCUGCGGAUCAGGGCUGCACACCCUCGCUGCGGACAUACGGAACAAGGUCGAAGUUCCGUACUCUGCUCUCCCAGGCUUCGGAUCGAGCACAGUCCCUGGCCACAAGAGCGCACUCGCUUUCGGCUUGAUCGGCCCUGGCUCGGGAGUGCCUGUCGUGGUUAUGCUCGGACGCUUCCACCCGUAUGAAGGGCACAAGCUCUCCGCCGUGGUCUACCCCAUCCGCGUCAUGGCCAGGUUGGGCGUCCGCCGCCUGAUCGUCACCAACGCUGCGGGCGGGCUCAACAAGGAUUUGCCCGUUGGCACAAUCGUCGUUAUCCGGGACCACAUCGCGCUCCCGAACCUGACCGGCAUGAACCCACUGCUCGGGCCCCAGGUGGGCCCCGAGUACCCGCGGUUCAUCCCGCUCUCCAGCGCGCACUCGGUCGCGCUCCGCCGGGUCGCCUUUUUGGCCGCGCACAAGCUGCAGCUCCCGUCCGACGCGCUCGCGGAGGGCGUGUACGCGUGGGUGUCCGGCCCGACGUACGAGACGGCCGCGGAAGGACGGAUGCUCAGGAACGCGGGCGCGGACGUAGUGGGCAUGAGCACCGUGCCGGAGGUCGUCGUGGGCAAGGAGGAGGGGCUGCAGGUGCUUGUGCUCAGUCUGGUGACGAACGCGGUCGUCAUCCCGGAUGGAUACCGAGAUAUCAAGGCGGAGGUCGAGGCAGAGCUCGCGGGAAAGCCGGUGGCCCAUGUAGACGAGGUGACGGUGUCACACGAAGAGGUGCUGGAGAAGGGGAAGGAGAAGGCGGAGGUGAUGAAGAGCCUGGUCGAGAUGAUUGUCGAGCUGAUCGCGGCGGGCGAGGCGAACGUCGCGAGCCGCGGCUAA